AAAGUUGAUAAAAUGGAUUCAGAAAUAGAACAAUUGAAUUCCCCUUAUAAAAAGGAGUUGAUUGAUACUAAUAAUGAUACUAAGGUUGCAUUAGAUAAGGAAACAGGAUCUAAAAGAUUAUAUAGUGAAAUUGAAGAUAAAGAUAACUUGGAUGAUAAGAAAAGUCCAGUCUUAUCAAAAAAAGCAUGCUUUUCUAUGAAAAAAUUGAAACAGCCAUUUCGAUCACCUUUAAAAGUUAACAGUAGUGUUGCUACUAAGUCAUUAGAAGUAAAAAAGAAUUAUGAUGUUCCUAAAACUAUUGAAAAUUCUUUUAUUGUUGAAGGAAAUGAAAACGUUGAACCUAUCAGUACAUCACAUGGCAGCGAAAGCGCUACAUUAAUAUCAAAAGCAUCAGUUAAAAAAACAGCCUUUAGAUCGCCUUUAGUCUCUAGUAAGAAUAUAACGGAUCCGAAUAUAAGUGCUUUAUAUAAAAGGAAAUUGGAACUUGAACGAAAAAUAUGGGAAGUUGAUGAACAUAUUAAGACGAUAGAAACAGCUAAAAUGUAUGAGAAUAAGGAUGAUUCUAAGCUGGAACGAUUGGUUGAUAAAUGGCGUUUAGCAGCGCAACAAGCAGCUACACAGCUUUUUGCUAUCGUUUCAGAAAAAAUUGAAUCAGUAGGAGGUAUAAGUGCAUGGUAUAGACAAUUCGAAGAAUCGAAAAGUAUACUAUCUGAGUGGGAUCCACCUCCAAAACCUGAAAUAGAAGAUACAGAUUAUGAUAGAGAAGAUUCACGGAAUAUUGAAGAAGCACCACAACCUGAAGUAUUUACGAUGGCAAUCAUGCUUCAAAAGCUAAACAUACCUCCUGAACUAAUUGGAUGGGAUGCUGAGUCUGAAACUUGGGUAUAAUGCUAAAUAAAAAUUAUAUUUUUGAAAAGCGA